AUGCUGAGAAAUGUACUCCGCGAUUAUGAAGGUACCAGUGAUAUGUCGCCUUAUGAAUACAUGAAGACAUACAUAGAAAAGUGUCCAGAGGAUAUUGAUGAUGCUAAACUAUCGUGGAUGGCUGAAACAUUCCUAGGAAUCAAUAGACAUAAACAGUUUUUGACGGAUAUUGCAUCACAUUUAUCUGAAGAACUCUCAGAGGAUGACCAAGACUAUUUCAUGAUCGUCCUUCAUGCUGUCACAUUUCAAUAUACACCAAAAGAUAUGCAGUUAAUAUACAAGUGUCUCUUCAACUUAAGUAAGCCCCUUUUGAGUACAUUCACAAAAUUUUUAAGUAAUAAUGAAGUACUAACAUUUAUUUCGCAAGUCGCUCAAGUCAGUUAUGAUUCAAUAUUCAUCACUAAAAAAAUAAUAGAGCCCUUAUUUGAGUGGCAGCCUUACAUUAGUGAUAUGGGACAUACCUAUGCCGAACACGUAAAAAAGAUAGAAAAUAGAAAAUUUAAACCUCCCACUAUACCUAUCCAACCAAAUGUUUUAAAUCAUAAAAGUAAAGAUGUAUCGCUACCUCCUGUACAGUCUGCACUUCUGCCACCAACUCCUCCAAACUCAAUGCAUAAUAAAAAUAAAAGAAUGCUCACAAAAUCUGCAAUUGAUAACAAAUUGAAACAAAGUCAUGAAAAAAACAAACAAAGAGCUGCCCAUCUUUUAAAUGAUGUCAAAAAUAAAGAUUUUCAUUAUGCUAAACAAAAGUCAGAAAAAUAUUUUAAACGUAUUUCUAGUAUCAGAGACGAAAUCGAAACAGAAUUAGUUAAACCAAAACAAAAACAAAAGUCUGCGAUUAAAUCAAAACCGCCAUUAGUAAAAGAAAACGCUGCAACUGUAAAAAGAAUGAAUAAACGAAUACAAAUGGCAGAAGAAGAAGAAGUGCAGUGGUUGCAAAACGUUAUGAAAUCUUGCAGAAAUACUGUCAAAAUUGAAGAAUUAACCGAAUACGAUAGACAAGAGAGAGAAAGAGAAAGAUUAUUAGAUAUAGAGAAAAAACAUUUGAUGGGUCAAAUAAGCUAUGAAGAAGCAGUAUUAGCAAAAAAGAGAAUGGUGGAAGAAAACAAGAAGAAAUAUGAAGAGUUCUUAAAGGAAAAGGAAACUUGGAAUGAAGAAAUAGAACGUUGGAAAAAACUUGAAAUGGAAAAGAAUCGUAAACAAGCUGAAAAACUCUCUUUGUGUGAAUUGAAUUUAAUUCAAGCUAAAGGAAAUAACCUAAUGAAAAAAAAGGAAAUUGCAGAAAAAGUUAAAAAGGAAUCUGAAACGAUUUUAGAACAAACUAUGAAAGAAAAGCAAGAAGAAUUGGAUCGCCGAAUCAACAUGAUUAAAGAAAUAAACAUAUUAGCAGCGAUUGCUAAGAAAUCAAAAGUACCCAAAGUAAUAGAUCUCACAGAAACAGCUGGACUGGGUUUGCUUUGUGAAAUGUCUAUAGCUGAAUUGCAAGAAAGACUAAGUGCCAUGAAAAUGGCUUUAAAAGAUGAACUAGAUAUGAAGAAGUCACUUAUCAAAGAGGAACAUAAAGCUGCUAAAGAAGAAAUUGAAGAGACAAAGCAGUCUAUUCAGAAGUACUUAAGCGAACGGGCUGAAUUACGGAAGCACAAUAAAAAGACCAACUUAACGAUAGUUAACACGUCAUCAAAGGAAAUAAAUGAAUUGAAAAAGAUAUUAGAGGAGAAAAGAAAAAUGCGAAUGAAGUUGAGUAUUUGA